AAAAGGGGCGCGCGGAGGGUUGCGCCGGCCGAGGGACGCCCUGGCGCCGCAGGCCCAGAGGACAGGAACAUGGCGGCCUUGGGGUCUCCGUCGCGCACGCUGCGAGGCCUUCUGCGGGAGUUACGUUACCUGAACGCGGCCACCGGUCGACCCUAUCGCGACACCGCGGCCUAUCGGUACCUACUGAAGGCUUUCCGUGCACAUCGGGUCACCAGCGAGAAGCUGUGCAGAGCCCAGCAUCAGCUUCAUUUCCAAGCCGCCACCUACCUCUGCCUGCUGCGCAGCGUCCGGGAACACGUGGCUCUGCACCAGGAGUUCCACGGCAAGGGGGAGCGCUCCGUGGAGGAGUUAGCUGGCCUGGUGGGCCUCAAGUUGCCCCAGCAGCCUGGCGGGAAGGGCUGGGAGCCGUGACCAUGGAGACGCUCCUUGGAUGCUGCCUUCCUGCAUGGAUUGAAUCACCUCUAUCCACAUGUAUUUAUCACUAUAAAAAUAAUUUUCUAAAAAA